GCGCAUGCUCCUUGGGCUCCCGUCUCAGUGCGCAUGUCCACUGACCGUCUUCCGGUUGGUGCGUUCGCUCGCGUGAAGAACGCCAGGCAGCUGUGAGGGUGCGGUGUCGCGUUCCUGCCAUCCGGAUUCUUUUUCCUCUACGGAGACUCAUCUGCGAGAAAUAUGAGUUGGCGUGGAAGAUCAACCUAUCGGCCUAAUCCAAGACGCCGUAUAGAACCUCCUGAGAUGAUUGGGCGUAUGCUGCCCGAGCAGUUCAGUGAUGAAGAAGUGGUACCACCAAAACCUGAAGAAGGGGAACCGGCAGCUGAAAGUCAGGAUCCUGUACCUGCUCAGGAGGGAGAAGAUGAGGGAGCAUCUUCAGGUCAAGGGCCGGAGCCUGAAGCUGAUAGUCAGGAAGAGGUUCACCCGAAGACUGGGUGUGAGCGUGGAGAUAGUCCUGAUGUCCAGGAGGUGUGCCUGCCAAAUCCAGAGGAGGUGCAACCGCCAGAAGCAGGUGGAAAGCAAUCACAGUGUUAAAAGAAGACACGCUGAAAUGAUGGAGGCUGCUUUGAAGUUGGGAAGUUGUUCGUUAACGUUCUCUCAAUAAAGCUAUACAGCCCUUUGCAAUGAA